GUAGAGGCCAGCGAGACACCCCUCAAGAUGAGUGACAUUGAGUUGGCCACACCCACCCAGCCACAUGACCACCUAGCCAUGCCCACCCAGUUGGUCAUUAGGCAGAUCAUAUUAGUGGUCCGCGGGAUUUAAAAUUAUGACUUUAGUGGUCCCUGAGGUCCAAAAGGUUGGUGACCCCUGCUCUGGAGGGUCUGGAGUGGGCACGGGGAGCCCCAUCUUCCUCAGAGUCACGGAGGGUCCCCUCCAGGGAGAGGCCGGCUGCCUUUUCCCCCAGGGCAACCCCGGAUCCCCCUCGGAAGACCCAGCCCUGCAUUGCUUCUCCCCCACAGGAGCCUCUCCUGGAAAGACAUGGAGCCCAAGAGAGGCUGGAGAAACCCCGGGGGCUGCGUCCCCCCCCCAACAUUCAACCCUGGGACCCAUAAACCAGUCUCUGGGAAGCUGAGAAUGAAAUGCCCACUGAGUUUGGAGAACCAGGAUGGAAAACAACGACAGAGCUUUUACAGCCCAGGAGACCAUCUCAUUGGUAUAGUCUUCAGUGGAAAGGAAAGAUUGCAUACAAAGUUGCUUUUCAACAUGGAUCCUUCUCUUCAGUUUGUUUUCCAUGAUUGGGAUCUUUAUGGUUUUUCACAAUGCUUACCAUUCAUUUUCAACAUUCAAAUGGUCAACAAGAAUUCCCAGCUCCUGCACAAUCUCACACUUGGCUACAACAUCCAAAGCAACCAUUUGAGCACUUUCCACACUUCAGAUGCCUUGAUGGACAUUCUCUCCACUGGAGAAGCCAAUGUCCCCAACUACGGCUGUGGAAGGAAGGAGAACCUUCUGGCUCUUCUUGAUGCAGCUGACAGGGACAUCUCCAUCCAGAUGUCAACUUUAGUAGGCACCUACAAAGUCCCACAGAUCAGUCAUGACAUUGUUUCAGAGACUCUGAGUGAUAAAAGGAAAUUCCCCCUUUUCUACUGGAUGUUCCCCAAAGACGGAUUCCAGUACCCAGCAAUUGUCCACCUGCUCCUCCAUUUCAGAUGGACCCUGAUUGGCCUCUUUGCUUCAGACACAGAGAAGGGAGAGAAUUUCAUGAGGAUUUUCCCUCCUGUGCUUGUCAGGAAAGGAAUUUAUGUUGUUAUAUCACAACUGUUCUCAACAACUGGAUAUACAGCAUACCUCAGGGAUUCCCUCUCUAAGUGGAGAAAAGUCAACGUCUUUGUUCACUUCAUGGAAUAUGAGUCCAUUUGGGACAGAAUUCUUCCUUUCCAUUUAACGUUUAUGCGUCUGCCAGGACCCAUUGAAGGGAAAGUCUGGAUCCUCACAACUUUUGCAGGGUCUAGAAUGAACAAGCGUAGACUUCUCAAAUACAUCCAUAGUAUUUGGAACUUUGGUUAUCUGUUAAAAAAAAGGCCAAAAGAUUCUGCCUUUGAACCCCAUUUCUUUGUGGAAGAAAAGUUUCAAGAUCCUUAUUUUCUCUGUUCUUUUUCAAAGAACAUCUUUUCUGUCAAAGGCCGCAGAAGAUGUACCCAGAAAGCCCCACUGGAGACCCAGGAGAAAUGGAACAGAAGAGGGAUACUAAAUUACUAUCAAUAUUACAGUAUCAUGAAGACUCUGGUCCAGGCCUUGAAUGCCGCUUAUUCCUCCAGAUGGAGGAGGAGAAGGAAGGAGAGAGAAAAGAGUUUGGGGUCUCCAAGGCUGCAGCCGUGGCAGUUUCAUCCCUUUCUGGAGAAGAAUGAAUUUUGGAAUAUUUCUGACAGAAAACUGUACUUGGAGCAAAAUGGAGAGAUAACAGCAGAUGUGGGCAUUCAGGCCUCCUUGGUUCUCCCCAAGGAGUAUAUCAGGAAAGAAGCUCUGGCGUAUUUUGAAAGACAGAGAUUUACUGUCAGAGAAAGUGGUCUUUCACUGCUAAAGUUGCUCAAUAAGUCCCUGCCUCAGUCCAAAUGUGUGGAAAGUUGUCAUCCUGGAUUUGUCAAGAGGGCUCGAGAAGGAGAGCCAGUUUGCUGCUACGACUGCCUUCCUUGUCCGGAGGGGACCUUCUCCACUCAGGAAGGUGGGUCACACUGA